GGCCUCAAUGGUACUCUAGUGUGUUUUCACCAUACUAAACGGUGUUGGUUUAGCGAAAAAGGACGUCCUAUAUUAUUAGAGAAGUCCUAUAUAAAGUCUUUUUUCAAAUCCUAUAUUUUCAGGAAGGGCCGGUACGAACCUAGCAGUAGUCCCAUAGAUUUCAUUCCGGAAGAAAAGGAUUCAACUAUUAAACAUAUCGUAUUGCCUCUUAUGAAUUUACGAUCCAAGGAUAAAAAAGAAACCACGCACCUUCAAGACGAACUAACUAUUCGUUUUCUCACAGCAUUGUUGGUUGAUUACGAAAAACAAUGGUAUCUUGGAAUGAUUCGGCGACGAACACUCUACAUUCUGAUUAAAUCAGUCGAAAAAGCCAAACAUCAACAUUCACUUAAACUUCAUUGGAAAUUGAUUGUUGAACAUUUUCGAUUAUCGAACUGGCUGCAAAAUCUAAUGCGACUCGAUUGUGUCAAGUGGAUUAACAAACAGUCGAAUAAAUUAUUAUUUGAUCAUAUCUUUCUCACCAUUGAACUGACUCUCGUAGCUUUCCAUUCAACUCAAACUCGUAUGGAUAAUAUUCGAAAGCAAUUUCCAGAAUUAGCUAAUAUUGAUAAAAGAAUUUGGAAUAAAGUUUAUGAAGAAAUCCAUUUCUACCAUCUCACUGCUACCUACAUUCUUCUCGAUCUACAACAAUCCUAUGAAGCUUGUUGGCGAAUUCAUAUGACAAAACGAUGUGCUCAAAUGUUACUCAAAUACGAAUCGAAGACGAUCACUGAACUUUAUGAAACGGGAAUGCUUGGCCACAGCGUAUAUUCACAUAUAUUGGAAUUAAUCGAAAAGAAAUCGUUGAAACUGGAAUUUUAUCGUGUCUCUAUGGUUAAGGGUUAUUUGACAGCUAUUGAAAAUCCUUUUGACUUAUUGCCACUCUUUCGAUCAUUACCUAAUCUUGAAAAAACACGUUGGCAAAUGAUUAUGAAAGCAAACCAUCGAUGGUUUCAACCGGAUCAAAUUCUUCUUGAAAAAGAUCAAAGAGUAUCGACUGCGUAUCUUAUCACUCGAGGUAUUGUUGAAUGUAAAAUAGAUACAAUGCCCAUAUAUUACCGAUUGGGCAAUAUUAUCGGUAUCGAUGCUUUAUUUUCACAAGACUUUCUAGCACAUGAUACUUAUCGUGUCAGCGGUGGACUUUUGGAAGCUUAUUGUAUCGAUGGUAUAUUAUUGAAUCAAUUUUUAAAAGAUGAAAAUUUAGCUCCUUCCAUCUAUCGAGAAAUUGCUCUACAUGUCUUGAGUAAUAAUUAUGAGACACGUUUGAAACUGAAUCGUUUACAACUACGAUUACUUGUGCACAAGAGAGCGAAAUUCUAUUGGAAUGAAUCGGAUAUAUUGAUUCAAUUGAAAGAGAAUCAACGACUAUUUAUUCUUGCUGGAUAUGUUACUCAUUUGUUCAAUGGUCAAAACAAUAAAUAUGAGUCAAUUCAACUGCAAAUCUUUGAUACCGAAGCCGAAAUUCUUCUUAAUUCGUCGACUGUGGCCUAUUCAUGGACGGAUGAAGAUGAGGAUUUUUCUAUCAAAGAUACUAAUCCUACAGUUCAUUUUCCAUUGCAAACCUAUGAUUUACUCUCCAAUGAUCUACUUUAUCCGGGAUAUCUGAGUCAAGUCACACAAUUUCCAAAACGACAACGUUCAGAAUCAUUAUUGGAUGAUGGAAUACACUCCAGCGAUGUAUAA